GUGAUAAGCCUUACCAAUGUACAAUCUGUAAAAAGAGGUUCUCAGAAGCUAACAUAAUGACUCAGCAUAUGAGAACACAUACAGGCGAACGUCCCUUUAAAUGUCCACAACCAAAUUGUGGUCGUGAAUUUUCUAUUUCUGGAGCGCUAACUAUACACCUUCGAGUUCAUACUGGUGAAAAGCCAUUUAAAUGCAAACAUGAAGGAUGUGUGAAACGGUUUGCUGAAUCAUCAAACCUUACAAAACAUGUAAUGAGCUUUAAUUUAAACUUUAGUCUUAAUAUUACAGUCGCCUCCUGA